AUUAUAAAUAUGAAUAUGAAUGAUCAGUGAGCUUAUCUAGCUACACAUCUAUAACACUUUUCCUAGACAUCAGUAAACCCACCACUUCAAAUUUCUAAAAUUUCACCAAAGACAUAAGAUUGAGAAAGUUUUUUAAUUUGUUGUGUUUUUCGAAAGAGAUUCUUGGUUUUGAAUAUACAAGACUAUAUAGAGAUGGACAGAGGAGAUGAGGGAAUAUCAGGAAUAAGAUUGAAGUUAGAUCAAUUAACAAUGGAUGAUCAAUAUCAUCAUCAUAAUCAACUUUCUGUUGAUUGGAGAGGUCGAUACAACAACAAACAUGGUGGAAUGAAGGCUGCUGCUUUUGUUCUUGGUCUUCAAACAUUUGAGAUCAUGGCUAUAGCUGCAGUAGGGAACAACCUCAUAACAUAUGUGAUAAAUGAAAUGCACUUCUCACUGUCACAAUCUGCAAAUAUAGUGACAAACUUUAUAGGGACUAUCUUUCUUCUGUCCCUCCUUGGUGGUUUCCUCUCUGAUUCUUAUCUUGGCAGCUUUUGGACCAUGUUGAUCUUUGGCUUUGUUGAGCUCUCUGGUUUCAUUUUACUAUCCGUCCAAGCUCAUCUCCCACAACUAAAGCCACCACAAUGUGAUAUGAUGAAAGAAAAUUGUCAAGAAGCUAAAGGAGUCAAAGCUUUGAUAUUCUUUGCGGCAUUAUAUUUGGUGGCAUUAGGAAGUGGUUGUGUGAAACCAAACAUAAUCUCUCAUGGAGCUGAUCAGUUCAACAAAGAAGACCCAAAAUCAUCCAAGAGACUAUCUACGUACUUCAAUGCGGCUUACUUUGCUUUCUCGCUUGGAGAACUUAUUGCGCUCACUGUUCUUGUUUGGGUCCAAACUCGUUCCGGUAUGGACGUCGGGUUCGGUCUUUCAGCUGCUGCCAUGGCUAUGGGUUUGUUCAGCUUGAUCUGUGGUACACUUCUUUAUUCGAACAAACCCCCUCGCGGAAGUAUAUUUACUCCGUUUGUUCAAGUUUUUGUAGCUGCAUUUCUAAAAAGAAAGCAACUUUCUCCAACAAAUUCAGAAAUCCUUCAUGGAAAUUUCCAAAACAAUACUACUCUUGCAAAUUUCUCAAAUGCUCAUAAGAACCGUCUCGUCCAUACCGACAAAUUCAGGUUCUUGGACAAAGCCUGCAUAAAAGUACAACAAGGAGCUAACAUAAUUAAAGAAAGUCCUUGGAGAUUAUGUACAGUCACCCAAGUUGAGCAAGUCAAGAUAAUAUUAUCCGUGAUACCGAUUUUCUCUUGCACAAUAAUUUUCAACACAAUUUUAGCUCAACUCCAGACAUUCUCAGUUCAACAAGGAAGCGCCAUGGACAAUCGGCUCACAAACAACUUUAGAGUCCCACCAGCUUCACUUCAAUCGAUUCCAUACAUGUUCCUAAUAUUUGUAGUUCCUCUAUACGAAACCGUCUUUGUUCCGCUUGCAAGAAAAAUCACUGGCAAAGAAUCCGGAAUCACACCUCUACAACGUAUUGGUGCCGGUCUUUUCAUUGCAACUUUCUCAAUGGUGGCAGCUGCCUUAGUCGAAAACAAGAGGAGGGUUUCAGCUGUCGAGUCCAACAAAAUAUUAUCAAUCUUUUGGAUAACCCCACAGUUUCUCAUUUUUGGACUUUCGGAGAUGCUAACGGCAGUGGGUAUGAUCGAGUUCUUCUAUAAACAGUCAUUAGAUGGGAUGCAAUCCUUCCUAACAGCAAUGACUUACUGUUCCUACUCAUUUGGGUUCUACCUAAGCUCCCUUUUGGUGUCUCUUGUGAACAAAAUUACAUCAAGAUAUUCAUCAUUUGGUGGAGGAUGGCUCAGUGAGAAUGACCUAAACGACGAUAGACUGGACCUUUUCUAUUGGUUACUAGCAGCCUUAAGUGUUGUUAACUUUCUGAAUUACCUUUUCUGGUCCAAUUGGUAUUCUUACAAUCCCAGCCUAAAUUCCUCCUCUGGCGAAGACUUGGAGAAUGUCAACUCCUCAAAGCACAUCGGAGCGGCCACUGUUAUCCCUUAGUACGCAAGAUUGCGCGCAUUAUCUCUCUCUUUUCUAACUCGUGUAUAUAAAAGUAGAACAUCAAUAUUAAAAGACAAACCACGUUUGUUCUAGACCCACUAAGCUUACUUGCUAGGGUUCAUAAACUUUGUAUCCGUGGUGCUUUGAUCCUUUUUUUUUUCUUUCUUUCUAAAAUAAAUAAAUAAUGAUAGACUGUUUGAGUUUUAAGCAAUGAUAUUCAAGUUUUUUUGGUA